AAUAUUUAUUUCUUCAAAAACUCAUAACUUGUUCAUGCAUUCCUCACAAUAAUCACAAACCCUCCUCUUCAAAUUCUCACCCUUCAUUUUCCUCAUCCUUUGUUCCUUUCUCCAAAAAAGCUUCAAUCUUUGAACCACCCAGAACCUGAAUCGGAGUUUCGCCGCUGGAAAUUCAGAACCGGUCGCAUUCCCGGUUCUGAAAACGCCAGAAUUUUUUUGGGAAAAAUUUUCCGAUUCAAAAAACCAGUCUUUGGAUUUCUCAGACUUUGAAUUUCAGGCAAUGGAGGCUUCUGGGUUCAACGGCGCUGCGUUUUCCAUCGACGAAAUCGCUUCUGCUUAUUGCAAGGCCGGGAAGAACGCCGCGGCGGCCGCCGAGACUCUCGCUCUCUCCGGCCGUGAAGAAGCUUCUGGCGAUAUUGGGAAGAAGAACAAAACGACGUCGGAUAAUGUGAGUGGGAAUUCGAGGGGUUCCAAGACGAAGUAUCGGCCGGUUUCAAUGGGGAGUGUGUCUGAUGUGAUUGGGAAACAAUAUGGGAGUAAAACGACGUCGGGUUGUAAUGGAGGGAAGGCAUUGAGAGUGGACUCAAAGGCCAAGGUGCUGCCGAUUCCGGAGAGCUGGGCGGAAAAGGCGGAGUCUUGUUCAUCUGGGGAUGAUGUGCUUCAACAGGACAUGGAGGAUUUUCUCUUCACUAUGCUUGGAGAAGGGUUCAAGCUCGAUAGGGAUUUGAUUCGAGAUGUUCUUGAUAGUUGCGGAUAUGAUAUGGACAAGAGCAUGGAAAAUCUUAUUAGUUUGUCAACAUCAGCCUCGGAUGAAAGAAACGAAGUGAUCUGUAACUCCAAUGAUAAGAUCCAGUCUGCAGGCUCAUGUCUAAAAGUGGAAGUAUUUACUCAGGGAGAGCACAUAAACUCUACUGAAAUUAAUGGAGAUAGGGCUUCAAAUACAAAUGGAGUAGAAUCAAUUGGAAAAGAAAUUUUGGCUGCUCUCUUCAGUGCUCCUGAGAUACCUGAGGAGCCUGAGCUACCAAAAAAAAGAACAGUAAGACCAACAAGUAGAUAUGCAGCCUACGGCCAUUUGGUGGUGGAACCUCCAACAGAUACGUUUUUAGAUAGCAGGACACCUGUGGUCUAUCAACAGCAUCACAUUGAGGAUGAUGCAGAUGAAGAAGAUAGGUACCAAGCUCUUCGAAGAAGUGUGAAGGAGUAUCGGAGUACAAUGAAGGAGUAUUACCAGGCAGCUGUAGAAGCAUUUUCCAAGGGAGAUCGUGUUCGAGCUGACAAACUUAUGGAACAGGGACACUUUUUCCAGAAAAAGGCACGGGAUGCAGAUGAGGAGUCAAAUAAAAUGAUCUUUAAACCUGGAAGUGCUGAGACACAAGGGGAUAUAGUGCUUGACUUGCAUGAAGGUGGUGCCAAGGAGGCGAUACGUCUUCUGAAGUGUCAUCUUUCUUCAGUUGCUGGUAUCUCAUCAAUCAAGCAUCUUAAGGUCAUUAUUGAUACAAAGGAGAGAGAUAUCAAAAAAGGAUCUCGGAGACGAUUAGCAGUUGUGAGGCUUUUGGAGGAAGAAUCGAUCAAGUGGGUUGAGGCAGAAAAUGCUGGAACACUACUGAUUCAGUUGGACAGUAUCAACCCAAAGAAGUUAAAGUUUCUAAAAAAGGAGUGACAUAUGAAUUAUCAGAUAGGUGACAGUAACAAAGAAAAGUGAAAAGUUGGUACUUCUUUUGGCAAAUUAUAAUUUGGUUUUGGAAAGAAAACGAAUUAUAGAGCAGUAGAAGGAAAGCAGUUGAGACGAGUACAAAUUGUCACAUUUGAGGCUUUUUCACUGUGAUUACAGUGACUGAAGAAUUUUGCACAUGUCAUUGAAAUCUUGGAA